CAGAAGAUUGUUGUGUUUGGACUUGACAGGUGAUGAGUAAAAAUAUGGGUUCCCUGCGAAGGUCUAUUCUGCUGUUGCUUCUGACUUUCUCAGUGUCAGAGGCGGCGAGGAUCAUCGGGGGUCAAGAGGUCAAAAAGUUCUCCAUCAAAUAUCAGGCGUCGCUGCAGACCGAGCGGAGGAGACACUACUGUGGAGGAACACUGGUGCACGCUCAGUGGGUGGUGACUGCUGCCCACUGCUGGAGACCGGCUGAUCGGAUGAGGGUGGUGUUGAGUGAACACAACCUGAAUAUUGACGAAGGAUCAGAACAAGUCUUCGAGGUGGAAAAGUUAUUCUUCCACUUAUACAACAGCCGAACCUUCGACAACGACAUCCUGCUCCUUAAGCUAAAACAGCCCGCACAGAUCAACAGCUACGUCCAGCCCGCUGAACUCCCAGAUGACACAACCCAUCCCACUGUGUGUACGGUGAGCGGCUGGGGUGUGAUACAGAGGUACAGCCGUGUGCUCUCCCCCGUGCUGCGUGCUGUGGAUGUAACAGUGUUCGAAUACUGCUGGUAUUAUUACUACUGGUCCAGGAUCACCUCAAACAUGCUGUGUGCUGGAAGUUACAGGGGUGGCAAAGAUUCCUGCCAGGGUGACUCCGGUGGUCCUCUCAUUUGCGAUGGCAAAUUCGUGGGCAUUGUCUCCUGGGGAAUCAGCUGCGCAAUUUCAUACUACCCCGGGGUUUACACCAAAGUGAGCAACUACGUCCAGUGGAUCGAAGACACAAUCAAAAACAACACGCCAUAAACACUUGAUCCUGGAUGAACAGAGUCAUUGAGUCUGAAAACAGGCUAACAAGCUCUAUUGCUUUAUUUUAUUCCCAUUAGCUUUCUUUGUGUUCUUUCGAAUGUCCACUUUACACUCUUAGUUUAUUAGCAAUUUAUAAUUAUUGGGUUAUCGUCUGUAGAGCUAUGGUUGUCAGUUGUUUAAUCAUAUUUGGUUUCCUUAUAAUUCAGUGACUUUUAUUGAUUAAAUGCUCUGAAAUGAGAUACAAAAAUAAGUCUGUUGCCAUCAUGAUUAUUAUGAUUGUUUUUAAAAGCUGUAAAAGUUGAAGCAGUAGCAAAUAUGUCCAAGCUGUAUUAAUUGGAGGUGGGCAAUAUACUUAAAAUUAAUAUUAACAAAUUAUCAAUCUUUUUUUUAUUUUCAAGUUGAAUCAAAAGACUAUUUCAUGUGAAAGGAGUCGUUCCAAGUGAUGAACAUCUUUCACAAUACAUUUGGUCCUUUAAUGCAUUAAAGGACUUGAAUAAUGAAUUAAGCAGCAUUUCACAAUAAAAACCUUU